CCAAAUACCAGAUUCCCACUUGGUUGUUGAAAUACUGGGGUUGUUCAUGAAGUUUCAGAUGAGGCUUGAGCCCAGGAAUCCUAAUUGUGUCCUUUAUUCCCUUCCUUAAAGGGGAAAUCACAGAGGAGCUUGGUAAGUCCUUCCUGGUCUUUCCUCCUUUCUCUUCCCCUUUCCCUGCUAUUCCCCUUUCCCUGCUCUUCUCCCACUUGCAACGUGGGUGCUGCAAAGAACCUGAAGCUUUGUUUCUUCUCCCUUUUUUUCCCAUUCCCAGCGGAGCAGAGCACGCGCAUCGGUGAGUGCUGCUCUUCCAUAGGGAAAUGGAGCUCUUCCCUUCUAACAUGGGAUAAAGGAGCCUUAGGCUCCACGUCCAUGGCUGCUCAAUGUGUGCUUCUCCCCGAGCAUCCCAAAUCCCUUUGGAAUGAUGGUUUGGACACAUGGGGAUCAGUGGUUCCUAAUCCAUUGGAAUACAACCCAAAAUGCAUAAACUUCUGGUUGAUGGAUCUAUAAGGGGGAAAGAACCAUAAUUAAAUCUACUUUUCCUUUUGCUCUUCCCAGAGGAACUCACGGUGGAGCUGGGACAACGGGAUGCCCGGAUUGGUACGUGUCCACCUCCACCCUGCUCCUACACUUGUGCUUCCAUUGCCAUGAUGAUGGUGAUGGAUCAGUUGGAAUUUGUUCUCUCUCAGGUGACCUGUCUGCAGGGAUUGAGACCCGGGAGAGGAGGAUUGGUGAGUGGCAGGGUCUGGCCUGAGACCUCUGUGUGUGUGAUCCUGGCACUGGGAAUUCUCAUGGGAAUCCUUCCUUUCCUCUUGACUCUCCAGAGGAGCUCACAGCAGAGCUCGAGGAAUACAAAGCCAAAGCACGAAGGUGCCUCCAGGAGCACAGGAAGGAAGAGGAGACAAUGGCGGAGGUGACGCUGGAUCCAGCCACAGCCCAUCCACGCCUCAUCGUGUCCCCGGAGCUGCGGAGUGUGCGGUGGGAAUUCCGCCUGGAGCAGCCUCCUGACGUUCCCGAGCGCUUCGACACCGAUCCCUGCGUGCUGGGCUGCGAAUCCUUCUCCUCCGGGCGGCACUGCUGGGAGGUGGACGUGGCCCAGGGGCAGUACUGCGCCAUCGGCGUCAGCAGGGCCUCCUUGAAGAGGAAGGGCCCCAUCAGCUUCAGCCCCGAGGAGGGGAUCUGGGCCCUGCAGCAAUGGGGCUUCCAGAGCAGAGCCCUCACAUCCCCCCCCACGGCCCUGAACGUGGCACGGGUGCCCAGGAGGAUCCGGGUGUCUCUGGAUUAUGAGUGGGGAGAGGUGAGGUUCUUUGAUGUGGAGAACCAAGUCCCCAUCUUCACCUUCCCUCCGGCAUCCUUCCGUGGGGAGCUGCUCCGGCCCUGGUUCUGGCUGGAGCUGGGCUCCAUCUCCCUGCGCCGGUGACCAUCCUGGUGUGGAGGGGCUGGAGGAGCCAUGGAAGAGCCUUGGGGGCUGUGGGAGAUCACUGAUGGACACUGUGGUCAUCACCAUGCACGUCUCACUGUCCCCUGAUAUCCCUUUGAUAUCCUUGAUAUCCCUGUGAUAUCCCUCUUCCAUCCCUACAUGCUCCAAGAGCCUUGAACCAUGGCUCCCACCCCACAAUUGGACACCCAGCAGGUGCUUCCCAAUGGACAAUAAACCACUUGAGCCUCUCCAGA